AUGUAUGGCAAGGCAGGGAUUGGACCUCAGACGUCUGACUCACCCUCUCGAAAACGUGUACGACAAUGCAUCCAUAGUGUCACACUAAACUUCCAACUUUCCUCGGCAUGUGCGCUGGGGAGCUCUGGUGUAGAAAGUUCACAGAUGGACACUGAUUGCAUGCAAUUUCAUCAAAACAUUCAAUCUCUCCAUAAAGGGACACAGACCAUUGUCGAGGAUGGACGAUCAACAAGCAAAUUAGAAUCUGAGCUGCAUCAAGUUAAGGAACAACUAAGAAAUGCCGAAAAUAGUGCUGUGUACCUUUCAGAUAGGGUGGCAAUGUACAGGUAUAGAUGGCUUGAAGAAUACUACCACGCCGAGAAUCUGGUUCGCUAUAUGCCUCCUGGCACCUAUGUGCCUGACCUUCCUCAGAUUGCAGAUGGUGUCCCUUCUCCCAGUACCUCUUUCAAUUUUUUAAAGUGGGAUGAAGCAGAUGAAGGCUCAGAACAGGUAGCGAGGGAGGACAUUUCCUCUGAAGGAGUCGAAAAGGACUAG